AUGGCCAACAACACCUUGGACAUGUUUGUCAACAGCACAUGGGGAAUGGUGGAAGACGUAAUUCAGUUCCGCACUGCCAGCUUCCUGGCAAUAUUGAUUGGCCUCUACCUGUUCACCUGCGCAGUCGGUACCAUCAUCCUGGCGCUGGCGAGCUGGCGCAGCCGACGUAAGGCGACGCACGUCGAGGCGCGACCUUUGCACACCGGUGAGGUUUUACCACAGACUGUGGGAAUUCCUAGCACGAGCCCGGCGGUCACCGCAGCAGAGGUGCAGGAGCCGGCCCUGCAAGAGGAAGUGCCCCUUCGGAGCUGGGGCUCCUUCUUGUCCGCAGAAGGUGUGAAAGCUGUGGACCCGGAAGACGUGCAAUUGCAGGGGCCUGCAUUGACCAAAGCGAGAACCAGCUACUUCCAGCAGAGUGGGGACCAAAGGGCAGGGACCCAAGACCAGCUCCGCCUGCUGCAGGCAGCCUUUGCAGGCACCUUCACCCUUUGCAUGGGGACGGUGCUCUACUGCGUGCAAGCGGGGCUUCUGACGAAGGAUACAGGCCUCACCUGGGAGGCUUACACCUUUCUCUUCGCCUGUGGAUGCCUCUGGCAGUUGGUGCAGGCGCUGGCCUGCGCGAGGUUCCUUCCCAAAGGACGCGUCUAUCCUUUGAAGACAUUCGCUGUCGCAACCAUCAGCGGCGUGUGGCCUAUCCUGUCCGACGCUUACGACACCCUGAAAGAUGCACAGUUUGGAGGGCUCUGCGUCCAGUCCAGCAGUGGCUUCACUGUUGCCAUGGGCGUGUGGACGUGGCUUUACCUGAUUGCGUUCCACGCGUAUUUCUUUGUCAGAAAGAAAGAAGGGUGUCUGGUUGAACUUGCUUCCAAUCACCUCGCGGUGUGGGUAGCCCCCAUGGAGGCAGACUUUCCCCAGCGAUCAGGCGUAAGUGAUGACACGUGGUCCACCUGGUGGAGGCGGAAAUGGCAGGAGGACGUACUGCCGGUGAUCUACAAGCAGGUCACGCCAACCAAAAUGUUCAUGCUGUGCAUUGAAAAUGUGCCGCAGGCCAUCACCGCCAUUAUCUACGAAGUCCUCGAGGGCGGCAGCCCUGUCGUCACCAUUCUCAACCUGUGCAUUCCCGUCAUCCAGAUCGCUGCCUCCUUCCUGCUCUUCAAGCCACUUCGGCAGGCAGUGGCUCCAUUCUUCGCGAGACAGCUCGAUGCGGCGCUGGACACCAAGGAUGAAAUGCUGCGAAACCGCUUGCUUCUGGAGGCAGAGUUCUCCUCAGACUUCGGCUUGCUCAGAGCAGUCGCAGCGCGAGUCAACUUCUUUGAGAGAGCCUUCCCGGAUGGCUUCAGAAGAGAAGGCGCACUGCGGCAACACCGCAAUGACUUCAUUUUUCGUUGCCUCAAAGCAUUGGUCACCGAUGGCCAUCUGGACCUCAGCGACCGGGGUCUGGAAGGGAGGGGCGGCAUCCAAGUGGAGCUGCAGGCAUUGAAGCACUUCUUGAGGAUGACGCAUUUCGCAACAUACGUGCUUGACCUGUCCAAGAAUGAAGUUCGAGACCAGGACGCCGAGGCCAUUGCAGCCAUGCUGCAGUUUGCAAACAUCAAGGGCGUCAAGUUGCAAGGUGACGCGCUGACCUCCAAAGGCUUGGAGGUGCUGAUCCCGGCAGCCUUCGCCUCCUCCUCUGUGGAGGACCUCUGCCUCUUUGCAGCCAAACGGAAGGACACUACUGGGGAGGACGCGGAGAAGACCGAGGCGUUGACCCGAUUUCUCGCUGGCAAGUCGACUGCAAGACUCCUCGACCUUUCCGAAUGUCAACUUCCCGAACCUCUGGUCCAGGCUGUAGCCAUUGCCGUCGGUUGCAUGAAUGAAGACAAAGACAUCGACCUUGUCCUUGCUGGCAAUCAAGUCAGCGCCGCUUCGAUAAAGGCGGAAGAUGGGGCCGUCCUUGCGGAUUUGCUUCGAGACGGUGCGCGCGCCCGGACAAUAGACCUGCGCGACUGUGACCUGACCUCCGAAGGCUUCGAGGCGCGUGGCAAGAUGGUCGAUAGCAUUGAAGUUGGCUGGAGGGGUGUAGGUUGUGUGUAG